UUCCCUCCCUCAUAACUCAUAAGACGAGGGAAGGCGGUUUUCGAACUGUAGAAUGAGAGGAGGAUUCAUCAAAACCUGAGCAAGGGGAAGUCAAGAAUAUCAACCCUUAACCAGGUCUUAAAUUGAAAGCUCACGGCCUGACUCUUAGCACGCUCAGACACGUUUCAGAGUUAGCACAAAGAAAGAAGAUCGCCGUUACUCAUUUGAAGAUUGCUCCAGGGGUUAAAGUAGCAUCCUCACGCCGGACUCCUAGCCAACGGUUAACAAGUAGCGAAGCAGUCAUGAAGGUAAGGGCAUCUGUGAAGAAGCUGUGUGAAUUCUGUCGGACAGUUAAACGUCGUGGAAGAGUGUACGUGCUAUGCACAGCCAAUCCCAAGCAUAAGCAACGGCAGGGAAUAUCAACAUUUGCAUGCGAAGGCUCAGUGCCAUCUCUGUCCUCUGAGAUGAAUACCAAGCAAGAGAUUUGUCGGAGUAACAGCUCACCAGUAGGUUUGGCAGCUCUGCUUCACAAAAAGCAAUUUCCAUCGCUAAUUUUUGGCUGGAGGGCUAGUCUGGCUUCUCUUCUGCCAAAACAGGAAAAUUAAUCAAUAACCAUUUCAUGUCAUGCUGGAAUCUUGUCUAUUGUAAUAUGAGCUGGUUACUUCGAUAUAGUCACCCUUUGGGUGAGCCAACAUGUUUCUUUAUUGACUUCGUUUUACAAUUAUUUCUUUUGAACAAGGUACAAUGAUGCUAUUAAACUAUUGGUAGGAUGCAAUUAUGUCUUGGAGGAUCAAUGUGGAAUUUUUGCCAUUUUUGCUUUUUCUUUUUUCCUC